CCCUUGAGAGUCCAGCUCCUUCCCACUCAAACCCCGAAACUUAGAAACUCAUACGCAGGAUUGGGAUGGCAUCUGAUCCCUUAAAUGAAGUGCCUUUGGGUCGAUUCACCGUUUUGCCCCAAGGUUCAGCCAGCCUAAAGCUGGGUUUGUUGACCCUGCUGCAAUUUGUGACCCUGAGCUGCAUUUCUUCCUCCGAAGCUCUCAUUGCUCCGUCGUUGGUUCCCCGGGUCAAAUCUAGCUACAAUUUUGGCCGGACUUUCCUGGGACUUGACAAAUGCAACGCCUGCAUCGGGACAUCCAUUUGUAAGAAGUUCUUUAAAGAAGAAAUCAGGUUUGACAACUGGCUUGCUUCCCACCUCAAACUUCCUCCUGAUUACUUUUCCACUUAUCCUGCAAACUACUCAGAUGAUACCAAAAGCUGGCGCCCAGUGGAGAUUUCCAGGCUAAUAAGUAAAUACCAAAAUGAACUUUCUGAUAGGAGAAUCUGUGCAUCAGCUUCUGGUUCAAAGAACUGCAGCAUUGAGAGAGUCCUGAGGAAAACAGAAAGAGUCCAAAAAUGGCUGAAGGCCAAGCGCCUCACUCCAGACCUGGUGCAGGGUCUGCCUAGUCCAAUGCUACGAUGUCCCUCACAGAGGCUCUUAGAUCGCAUUGUCCGGAGAUAUGCUGAAGUGGCAGAUGCUGGCAGUGUCUUCAUGGAUCAUUUUACUGAGCGGGACAAAUUGCGCCUUCUCUAUACCCUUUCCAUCAAUACUCAUCCCAUCUUGUUACAGAUCUUCCCAGGGGCUGAGGGGUGGCCCUUGCCCAGAUAUCUAGGCUCCUGUGGCCGAUUCCUGGUCAGCACCAGCACACAGCCCCUGGAGGAGUUCUACAACUCCCCUGCAGACCAGGCAGCUGACUUGGCGUUCCAGCUCCUUAGCAUUAUGGAUUCCCUGAGGAACAAUGACUUGAACUAUUUCUUUUACUUCACCCGCAUUGAUGCUGGCACGUUUGGCAUUUUUGACAAUGGACAUCUGUUCAUACGAGAUGCCAGCACAGUGGGCGUCAUUGACAAGCAGCAAGGUAGCCUGACUCUAGACAGGCAAGAAGAAUACAAAGACAUAUUUAGUUGCCUGGUCUUAGACUGCCGGUAUCCAUUUCCUUCUUGCAAUACAGUGAAGGAGAAACAGAACUUGGUGAUGGUCUGUCAGCAGCUUCUGCCCCGGCUUCUCAAAGGGAAAUUUCCCCAGCUUAUACAAGCGGAGAUAGAUUCUGCCCUGGUUCUUUGUGGGAACCCUUUGCUCUCAGACCAGGAGGUCAUCAGUGCAGCCAGCAAACUGAAGGGUAUCUUGAAACCACUGAGAACCUGUGAUCCUCGUUAUGCUUAUCGCUAUCCAGACUGCAAAUACAGUGAUAGGUACUGAGAAGACUCGGUGUUCUCAUGGAGGAAGAUGAAGGAACACCUGGCAUUCACCUGCUAAAAAGAAAAUAUGGUGGAAGGACUUAAUAAAGUAUCCCACCAUGGUUUAUAUGCUAUUUCCACAAUAUGAAAAUGCUUGGUGGAAUAGUGGAUAGAAUGGUCUCAGACGCUUUCUAGCUGUGUGACCUGGACAAGAGAAUGACCAUUGUGAAUACUUCACAGGGCUGGUUUCCAACAUUUGGUGCUUACCAUCAUCAGGUGUCUGCAUAACAUUUGGCACUACAUCAAUCACAUCAACUUAAUCUCCAUCUGCCUCAGUUUUCUCAUCUAUAAAAUGGGGAUAGUAAUAGCACCUGAGGUGGUACAAUAAAUAGAAUGCCAGGUUUGAUCCUGGACAAUUCACUUAAUUAUAUUUGCCUCUGUUUCCUCAUCUCUGAAAUGAGCUGGAUAAGGAAAUGGCAAACCACUCCAUCAUCUUUGCCAAGAAAACCCCAAAUUGGGUCACAGUCAGAUGACUGAAAACAACUCAACAAUAACAACACAAAUAAUAGCACAUACCUAAUAGUAUCAAAUGAGAUCAAUAUUUGCAAAAUGUUUAGCUUAGCAAACCAAAUGCUAGCUAUUAUUAUUGUUAUUAUUAAAUGGUUAAACCAAUUUUCAACCUGUGUCAUCUGACUCCAAGUAGAGGACCCUUUUCUGGACAUCAUACUACCUCAAUUACUGUUCUUGCUUUGUAGAAGCUAAGUAUCAAACAGCUGAGAGCAGAUGAUCAGCAGUGAAUAGAAAAUUUCUUUUCCCACUACAGCAAGUGGUACCUGUUGGUGGGCAAAGGCAAACAAUAACAUAUUGCUGGCUCUCUUUUCUCCCAGUCUCCCACUCCUGUGCUUUUGGUCUUUUCUCUUUCCUUCCUCCUCUUCUUUCUCUCUCUCCUUCUCUUCUUUCUCCUUUCCCUUCCCCUUCUUCUUUGUUCUUCUCCCUCUCUCCUCAUCCUCUUCCUACUCAUUGCCAGUUUUUCUUCAUAGAAUCAGAGGAUGUUAAGAGCUGAAAAGCUCUUAUCCAAAUAUUACCCCCAAUUUAAGGCAUCCUACCUUCAUAGUCUUCCCCAAGCAUCUCAAUCUAUAAUACCUUCUCUAUCCUCUGAGCUCCUAUAACAGUUAUUAUUUGCACUAUUAUUAUUACUAAGAGCUUUCAUUUAUAAGCAACUUUUUAAGUAUAAAGUGCUUUACAUAAUCUGAUUCUCACAACAAUCUUGUGAAUUAGGUGUUAUUAAUAUUCUUUUUUUUACAGAUAUAGUAAUGAAGGCAUAGAGAAAUUAAGCAACUUGAAUACAGUCACAUAGCUUAAGGAAUAUCAAAGGUGGGAUUUAAACUUAGGUCUUUUUGGAUUUCAAGUUCAGCACUCAUUGAGUACUUAUUUCCUAUUUUGUGUUGUUCAUUGCUUUUAUAUAUACAAAUAGAAUUUGUAGAAGAAUGAAAUUUGAUUAGCAAGGUCAGUUAAUCACUCUAUUUGACCCAUUGUUAUCUCCUUAUUAACAGAUAUAGAUAUAUAAAUGCUCCUUCUCUAGCCUGAGGAAGUUUGUCAAAUGAUCAAUAACUCCAAGGACCCUUUUCCCUCUCAAUCCCACUUCAGAAACACCUUGAUAACACAUCACAAUAUUAAGAGUUUUUCCUCUUUUUUCCUUUGGAGAUUUUUCUCUUUCCAAUAAAUAUACUUAAACUAACAAAA